GCAACACCAUCCGCUAGAUUCCUGCGCCCGCGGCCAUCGUCUCAAGCCCCCGCAUCGUCAACGCUUCCGUGAGCCUCCCCCUGGAGAUAGGGCUUGUUCACCGCACUAGAGCUGCAGCACCCGUGGAAGUAGCAUCAGCAGCGCUAGCACGCGAGGGGCAAACAUGCAGGGCGCAUCGGCGAGUGGCGCCAUCACGUGUACCGUCUGCGGGGAGCGAAAGCCUGCCUCGGAGUACUCUCGCAACCAGCUGGCCAGGUCCGCAAGGGAGGUGUGCCAGGUGUGCCUCAUGAGUGAGGGAACGGUCGCGGCGCCCCCUUCUCGGGUGGCGCCCGCCGCGGGCGAGGGCGUAGUCCGCUGCGUUGCUUGCUGCCAAGUGAAAACUACCUCGUCGUUCGGCAUCAAUCAACUCCGCCGCCGCGCCGGCAUCGAGCGCUGCAUGCUCUGCGUGGAGAAGGACCUGGGGUCGGUGGUGCUCUGCCACGCUUGCAACACGCACAAGCCCUUCACGGACUUCAGCAAGAAGCAGCUGGCGUGCAAGCCCGGCUCGGAGAGGUGCAAGGUUUGCAUCGAGAAUGCGUCUCGGUGAUGGGACUGCGGCGGUCGGCGGCGGGAGUGCCGAAAGGCCCGAGAGAGAAGAGAGGGGGGGGCUCCAGUGAAUCGAAGGGUACGCCGGUGAGCGAGAACGUUGGCGGAAAAAGGCGUUCGUAGCCGUGAGCGACUCUACCCCUCGACUGCACUGACAGAGGAGGCUGUGAAGCCGAACUACUCUAUCUAGACCUUUUGAUCCCUUGGAGGGGGGGAAGACUUUGGAUCGAAUGGAGUGUGAGAGGAAGUACGGCAACAUGGAAUGCAUGGUUGCGCCGAACCCUUCGUACUGCCGCCGUUCAUACGUUCUUGUGCCCUUCUGUGCGUCGUUUGGCCCCCAUCUUCGUCGUGGAAAAUGGGAAAGAGAACGAGAGAGGGAGGGAGGGAGGGAUGCCACACGAUUGCGAAGACAGACAAGGAGAAUAGAUGAGAGAAAGACGGGUGGAGGAGAUACAGAGACAAAGAAGGAGUGAGGGGGGGAGAAAGAGGCGGGUAGGGGCAGAGACAGAGAAUAAGGCAUAGCGAGAGAGAGAGAGGCAAACAAAAAUGAAACGGACAGACCGGGGUUGGAUGGUGGAGCUUCACCCGAAGUUUCCAUUGCCAAAUUUCAGAUACAACAAUUACUGACGAGCUUUUGAUUUACAUAAUUUGGUACAUAUUAUUCUGUUGGAGCCUCGUCGCAGGAUGGUUGGGACGGGGGGCAGCAUCAAAAGUACUGAUUUUUACCAUUCGUUCGGUAGGCGGGAGGCUGGGACGUGUCUAGGGUGUCCAGCGAAAAUACCCAAAUGCUUCUCAUUUUGUUUUCGUAUCAAAGUUCUAGAUGCGUUGUUCCGAAAGACAUGUGCGUGGAGUAGUACGACGUUGGAUGUUGGACAUAUUGUGUGUUUCGGGUUCUGAGCAAAUGUAGACUACUCCAAGUAGAGAGAAGCUUUUGUUUUUCGUGUGUCGCGCCUAUCGACGAAAGGAUUGGGCCAGUCCGCGUCAAGAUUUCAACAGCGAAUAUUUGCGCGGCUGGAUGGAGGGAGUGCGAUUGGCUCUGUGGUUGUGCUGAUGUAUAGGGUGAGUGAUAAACAUGCCAGCGUGUACGGCGUGUGUCCCACUUGUUGUUCCACGAAUUGCGUUUUCAUAUCGGCGGGGUGUUGGUCGUGGUUGUGGUUAAAGUCAGCUCAGCAAAUAUUUUUACGCCGUCGGCUGUCGGCACCCAUGUGGCAUUACGUGUUUAGCCGAGUUUGUGGCGCUUGAGGCACAUGGGGGGGGGGGUGGCGGACAGCAGUGGAGGAUUAUCGAUUGAGGGGGGGGGAGGCGUGUCAAGCGUGGCGCAUCUAUCCUAGAGAAGAUAGAGGGGCUCCCAUUGGUCAGCAUUCAUGCAUGACCCAACGGAGGAACAUUGCUCUGGGCUGGUCGGUGCAUCAGUUCGAACCGUGGUCGCUGUACACGAAUUGCGGUGGUAAUGAUUUGUCUCCAGUUUUAGGUGAUUGCGUUUUUCUUCAUAGCUUUACGUCAGAAACAAUUUUCAGCGAGGGGGGGCGGGCGAUAGGAGCUGCGCCAGAGGCGAGUCGAUUGCGGUGACGCCGUCCACGGAACUUUCCAUGGAACAUUCCUGUGGAACAUGCCUAACCCGUAGGAGCGGCAGUGGUGAGGUGGGGGCGGGGACUGUGCAUGGUGAAAGCAAGGGGAUGGCAGGCAAUUGCCAUUUUCGUCGUAGAGCCACGUGCGAAAAUUUCUGUGCAUGGUCGACGUUUCCCGUGUGGAAAAGGGGCGGGUCCGUCAAUAUUUUACGGUUGACUUCCCCAUUUUUUGUAUAGAAUGGAAGAUGUGUGUGGGCCUCAGGUGUCCCCCGCUUGGCGUUUGGGUUCGAUUGUUUGGUCGAUAUUUACACAGGACGCCUUGUGCAAGGGAGGAGGGGCUUUUCGGUGAUGAGGGGGUUGGCAUGGUGGGGGUGGUAGGGUCCUUAUCACCUUUGAGGCGAGGUGGGUGUGCUGCUGUGUGUUGGGUGUUUGAUCGUGAGAGUAGCCAGCGGUUCCGUUUUUGUUGAUCGAAAGCAGGACACGGGCGGGUGUGUGCCGACACGCGUCGGGUCUGGUUUGUGUAAAAGUUGCACCCAGGGAACGCCUUGUGCAGGGGCUGGAGGGUAAUCGGGUGGGGGUUUAGCCUUGAUCGAUGUCUUCAUGUCGAGUGGUGCCAGUGGUGUGGAGUGGGCGUGUUUCCUUGUGGGGGAGGGUGGUUGGGUGGCAUUUUCGAGUGGAAGUUAAACAUCAACAAAUUCAUGCAUUGUUGGACGCGCAUGGAAGGAAGACGUAUAUUAUCUAAAUACAUGAAAGUCGUAUAUUUACCUUGUUACAUGAAAGUGUCGCAGUUUCACGUCUCUUAAGCCAAGGACGGAAGGCUGCUCGCGUUUUCAGCGCU